GCUGCGGCUGGAAUGUCGUGCACACUGGUCAGCUCCUUUGGAUCCCAGAUUUCUCUGGAGGAUGGGCGAGCUGUGAUUCUGGGCCGUGGUCCGGACACCGGAGUGGCUGACAAGAAAUGCUCGAGGCACCAGGUCAAGGUGGUGGCUUGUUAUGCAGACCAGGAUGUGGUUGUUACUCAGCUGGGUCCCAAUCCCAGUUUCCUGGAUGGUGUGAAGCUGGGCCGUGGCCAGUCUGGUAAACUGACCCACGGAGGUACUCUCUACCUGGUGGAGCAGAACCACCCGUUUACCCUCAGCUUCUCUCUUAGCGCCAACGGAACAACCUCGAGCAUGGUAAGAACAAGGCUGAAAGCCACAGAUAAGACAAAAACAGGAAAAAAUGGAAAAGAAAAAGAAGCUCAAGAGAGUCCGACGCCCAAACGCAGCAUAAAAGAUUUCUUUGCUGCCUCUCCUGCAAAGUCAUCUAAACGGCAUCUGAGCCCAGAGAGGCACAACACUGAGCAGAAGCGACAAAGACGAGAUGAAGAGGCUUUAGAUCAAGGCAUGAAAGAAGAAGAGGAGGAUGAGGAGGAGAGACAAGCAGAGGAAAAACUAAAGCGUCUGCAGGAGUUUGCAGAAAAGUCUAAGACAGUGGAGAGUAUGGGUACCCAAUCUUCUCCCUCUUCAUCUUCAGCAAAGCCGAGUGUGAAGAGCAGCUGGCAGCAGAUUGGCAACCUGCUGCUUUACACGGCUGCAGGUGUCAAAGCAAGCGAGAAGAUUGCUGGGUUUGACAUUGAUGGCUGUAUCAUCACCACUAAAUCUGGCAAAGUCUUCCCUACAGCACCAGAUGACUGGAAGAUCUUGUAUCCUGAGAUUCAGCCCAGGCUGGCCAGCUUGCUGAAAAAAGGAUACAAGGUGGUAUUCUUCACCAACCAGAUGGGCAUCGCUAAAGGCAAACUGAGGCCGGAAGUCUUCAAGUCUAAGGUGGAGGACAUCCUCGCCACUCUGCAGCUGCCUGUGCAGGUGUUUGUAGCAACCGGCCCUGGUAUUUACAGGAAACCAGUGAUGGGAAUGUGGAAUCACCUGUGUGAGAAGGCUAAUGAUGGUGUGACUGUUGAUAAGAUGCAGAGUAUAUACGUAGGAGAUGCUGCAGGAAGGCCAGAAAACUGGGCUCCUGGCAAGAAAAAGAAGGACUUCUCCUGCAGUGACCGACUGUUUGCGUUGAACAUCGGGCUGCAGUUCCACACACCAGAGGAGUACUUUUUGGGUUGGAAGAGCGCCCCCUACAGUUUGCCUCAAUUUGAUCCUAGGAAGCUUGACUCCACUGCCAGGCUGUACGACCCACCGUCUACCUCUCUCAUCUGCAGUGAGACUGAAGUCAUUGUUGCCGUGGGUUACCCAGCAUCUGGUAAAUCCACCUUCUUCCACACCCACAUUAUUCCAAAAGGCUACGUCUAUGUAAACAGGGACACACUCGGCUCCUGGCAGGCCUGUGUGUCGGCAUGUGAGCGCGCUCUGAGGGAGGGCCGCAGCGUCGCUGUAGAUAACACCAACCCUGACCUAGAGUCUCGCAAACGAUAUGUGGACGUGGCCAAGGCAGCAGGAGUAACUUGUCGUUGUUUCCACUUCUCUGCCUCUCUGGAACAAGCCAAGCACAACAACAGAUUCCGCGAGAUGAAUCCCUCCAGCAGUAAACAUGCAACGGUCAAUGACAUGGUUUUCCACAGCUACAAGAAACACUUUGUGGCUCCCGCUCUGUCUGAAGGAUUCUCUGAGAUCCUCCAGAUCCACUUUGUUCCAGACUUUAAAGACAGCCAGUCUGAAACUCUGUUCCGACAGUUCUCUGAAGGCUGACUGGACACAUUUUACUAUUCUGACAAAGGAAUAAAUAAAUCACAUGAGCUUGUGUGCUGUCUGCUGCAGUGUCUGAUGUCUAACUGGCUUUAAGGACCAUGACAACAGUAAAGUUUAUUAGACUUAAAGCUGAGAGUCAGGUAAUUUAUUCAGACUGUGUUACAAGAAACAGUGAAACAGAAAAAGAUUAACUGUAGUUUGAUUACCAAUGCUGUGUACAAGUUUGGUACAUAGAUAGUGAUUUUGCAUGGUUUUAUUUUCAAAAACUCUCUGUUGCUGUACUGCACCUCAUUGCUAAAAAUCACAACUAAAAUGGCCAAUAAAGCUUU